GAAGUUUCCCUUCCUCGUCCUCCCUCAUCCAUCAAUUGAGUUUAAUUAUUUUAUCAAGCAAACUGGAAUUUAGCCUAUGUUAUGUUUGGUUUUCGAUUCGACGGUGUUUAAUUUAUUUUAAUUCAUCGCAGAGUUGAAUAGUAGUUGAUGACGACGAUGUGUAUUUAAUGAAUUCUCUGCCCAAGUAGAUAAAAUUCACGUCAGUGUUUCGUUAAAUUUACAACUAGUUGUGUUUCAAUAAUAUCAUCUGCUGAAUGUAAAUCGCGUUAUAAAUAUUCAUCUGGGACCACCUGUAACUCAUCGUAGAUGCAUUCGGACCACUUCUGAGCUUAUUUCAACUUUCAAGCGAAUUGACGAUAUGGAUUCCUGUUGACUUUAUAAUCAAGCAACUUAUAAAUGAGACUCUAAAGCUAUCAAUCAGCUUACACGAGUAAAGACUGCGUAUCGAAGAGACGACAUGAUCGUACGACGAAAUGACCAAGCAUACUUUACGAGACCCCUCAAACAAACUACUCUACGAUCCACCGGAUACUCUAAGACAUGGCCGAAUACGAGACGUCCACUACACCUCGAGCGUAAUGUCAUCGUCGACCAGCUCAGCUAGUAAAACUGCCACAUAUUGUUCAAUCGGUGGCCCCGGUCCUCCGACUUUCUACGAUCAAGUAAACACGAUCCAAAGUUACCACAGCGGCUCAGCAUCGCGUUCAAAAACACUUCCUAGAAACACCACCACCACUUUAUACGAUGAUCGUAGCUCGUCUUCGGCCAGUGCUAACCGAACAGUUUACUAUAAUCGUCCUACGACUAUGGUCAGCAUCGGUGGUGGAAAUGCUACCAUCGAACGAAGACCUACAUCAGCCAAUAGUAAUUUAUCCACAGAAGGAAUCGUGUACCCUUGCGGAGGUCAUUGUCGAACUUUCGAACGCUGUUUUCAUUAUUUUUUACAAUUCUUCUUCGUUAUCGGUAUUUUAGCCGGGAUGUCGUUAGUAUUGGCAUCGUUCAGACUCCAUUACACGCGUCAAUCCGACGACCAAUCUGUAUUAAUUUAUAUAGGCGUUGUAAUAGCUUUAGUUUGCACGCUGCUGUUAUCUAUUCAAUGCAGUAUCGAAAGAGAAGUCAAAAGAAAGAAAAGGAAACGUAGAAUAGCCGUUUUAUUAGCGAAAAAUAACCGAAGCAGGGUUCAACUACCUUUACGUACCAUCGAACCGGAUCGUAAUACUUAUACGGAGAUGGCUGUCGUAGCUGCUCCUUUGACUCAUCCGGCAGCGCCGGCUCCGAUGACUACUUUCUGCCAAAUGCCCCUCAUAGCCCAAGAUUAUCAUUAUUCGACUCAAAAUAGUAUUAGUAACGAAGACAUGGAAAGGAGUCAGAACGGAGUUCCUUGGUGGAGAAGACAAGAAGAAAGACGGAUUGUCAAUAACGAAAACGUCGUCCAACUUUGAAAAAAGUGGUAUAUUUUGUUGUCCUAUUUUUUACAUCACGUUCUGUUUUCUUUUUUUUUCAAAUUUUUAUAUUCUUCAUCUUCACUCUAUGACUUUGCGAGCUUAUGAAUAUGUCUAUUUUACCAUAAUAUUGUUCAAUCUGUUUACCCGAAUAACGUGUGCCUUGAGUUACAGAUUUGCUCAGAUUUCUACUUACAUAUUUAUUUACGUAUUCGAGUUUAGAACGCAGAUUACUAGCCAUGUUUUUUUUAGUGUAUAUCGAAUUUUAUUUAGUUCGUAGGUAACUUAUUUCAUUUUUUUUUUACAUUGAUAUUGCGUUUUUAUCUAUUUUUUUUCUUUUUUGUAUAACUUCGUAAUCUCUGUUGUCAUAUUUUAUGUAUUAAAUGUUGUUUUUUUUUUGUUGUUUUA